ACCAAUUCAAUAAAGUAAAAUUACACUUGACUUGAUGACUUCAGAUAAUAUAGGCAAGGCUCAAGUCGAGAACCCAAACACGGCCUUAGUAUCUGUUGUGAAAUCUCCUCGUACGCAUGUAUGGUUCUAUUCGUUGACCGCACGCGAUUUAAUCUCCAGUCGUGGCAAAUGAAUGGAAAAGGGAAGACUCUUAGAGCGUGUCAAAAGAAGGGGAAAUCGAGUAAUGUUGUUGUAAUAGACAUAGAUAGUGAUAACUGUGGUGAUGAUAUAUUUGUCGACGCUCCUGAAUAUUUACCGGGUUCUAGUUCUAAUGGUGUAAGAAGGGAUGGAAAAGGUUCACUUGAAAGUGUGAUUUGCAUUGAUGAUGAGGAUGAUGAUGAAAAUACUGGAAGCAAUAAUUUAGAUAAGGGUAGGUAUGUUCAGAAUAAUACUCCGGUAAAGUUAUCAAAGUGCAAAAGGACUUACUCUGGUCCGUCAGCAAGUAAUCGUUAUGGUUGGACUACAGAUACUGAGAGCGUCUCAUCCGAUGAUGAUGAUGAUUGUGAUAGUGACUUGGAGUUUGAGGGUUCCUCUGGAAAGCUCAAGCGAGAUUGGGAAAAGGCUUUUAUGAGGAGGCAAAACGAAUCUUUUGGUGGCGUUGAUCAGGCUGGUACUAGUUUUGUUUAUGAUAGUCACCAAGAUAAUGGAGCAGGAGAAUAUACAGUGAGAUAUAGUGAUGGCUCUGAAUCGACAAACUAUACUAGUCACGAGGAAGGGGAUAGAUCUCCCUCAAUUCCAAUGGACAAUGGCAAGUCCGAAAGCAUUUUCUGUAAAAAUACUGGCGAAACUUCAACCUUGAAUAGGGCAGAUAAUGUAUGUAAUGAUGAGUCUUUCGCGAGUGAUCAUUAUGGUACGUCACACCUCUUUACCGAUAAUCAGCAUACUGGAAUUGACAUGGACAAUAAAAAAGAUGGUUCACUGCCAGAGAUAAAUGAUGUUGGAAAUGGUCAAUCUUUUAUGGAUGAAAGUAAUGGUUCUGUGUUUUUUAACCGUGAAAUGCUCAAGGAGACGGAUGAGUAUAGGCGCUCGGUACAGGAAGAGUUGGAAGCUAGGCAAAGAGAACUACAGAUUCAGGCUGAAGAAGCGCAACGGUUAAAGCGAUUGGAGAAAAGGAAAAAGGCAGCAGCUAUGCGCUUGUUAGAUAUGGAGAAGAGGCAAAAGCUACGUGUGGAAGAAAUACGUAAUACUCAAAAGAAGGACGAGGAGAACUUGAAUCUGAAAGAACAAAUCCGGACGAGAGUUAGGAAGGACCUUGAUAGACUGGAAGCAGCUUGCCAUGAUAUGGAAUCAAUUCUGCGUGGGCUGGGUAUCAAUGUGAAUGGUGUAAAUGGGGUACAUGUUGCUUUCAAAAGAGCGUUGCUAACUUUUCACCCCGAUCGAGCUUCACAGUCUGACAUUCGUAAACAAGUUGAGGCUGAGGAAAAAUUUAAGCUUGUAACCCGCAUGAAAGAAAAAUAUUUGUCAACUUUAACUUGUAAACCACCAGCGUAAUAUUGCUUGUAUACCCUCAUAUUAACAUAUAGGUGUUUUUUGGUUGAGUUGCAUAGCAUGUUUUAUUUCCCGGGGUUAGUAUUGUGUCACAUAGAAGCUUGUUCUGUAUCUACCCCCCACCCCCACCCCACCUAGAUUAGUCAAUCAUUGUAAAGAAAUCUAUAAAAUUCAAGGUAAAAGAUCAUAGACAGUUGUUUUUUCUU